AUGAUUGACGCUGGCUGUACAGACAGGAUGUCAGGACUGAUGACAAAUUCAGGACAUAAUCAGAACUCGGAGGAGGACUACAGACUCCUGACCUCGGACACGUCCGAGCUGUGUAAGUUUGACCCCGGUGACCUCCAGUCUCUGACCUGGCUGACCUCGGUGGACGUCCCUCGUCUGCAGCAGCUCCGCUCGGGCCGAGCCGAGUUCAGCAUGAGCGCUCAGGACCAACUGCACGCAGCAGCUCAGCUGAGUAACAUGAGCGUGGCUGGAGGCGGGACGUCCAUGCUCCAUCUGCAGAGUAACAUGCAGCACAGCCCUCUGGGAAUCAACAGCAUGCCACAGUUUUCUCCCAGUUUCCCGUGUCCUGCCUCGGUCUAUCAGACCUCUUCUCAGCAGGUGAUGACUUUCUCCCAGUCCAACCAGCAGUGUUCUCCUGGAGGACUGUACAGCAACUUCAACAACCAGAGUUUAUUCACACAGCAGCAGGUCCACCCUCCACACAGCCAGGAGACGCAGCCCAAAACCUUCCCCAAACCCAUCUACUCCUACAGCUGCCUGAUUGCUAUGGCUCUGAAGAACAGUAAGACAGGAAGUCUCCCGGUGAGUGAGAUCUAUAGCUUCAUGAAGGAACACUUCCCCUACUUUAAGACGGCACCAGACGGCUGGAAGAACUCCGUCCGGCACAACCUGUCUCUGAAUAAAUGUUUCGAGAAAGUGGAGAACAAGAUGAGCGGCUCGUCGAGGAAGGGCUGCCUGUGGGCGCUCAACCCGGCCAAGAUCGACAAGAUGGAGGAGGAGAUGCAGAAAUGGAAGCGUAAGGACCUAACGGCUAUCCGACGCAGCAUGGCCAACCCAGAUGAAUUAGACAAGCUGAUCACAGACCGUCCGGAGAGCUGCAGGAGGAAACCGCUGGAUCCUCAGCUUCCUCCGCCUCAGCCGGUUUUGUCUCUGCAGUGCCUUACUGUUCACCAUCAGCUCCAGAUGCAGCUCCACACUCAGCCCCGGAUAGCACCCACGUCUCCGGCUCCUGCUCAAACACCGCCGCUCCACCCUGUACCUGACCUCGUCAAACAACAACAACAACAACAACAACAACAACAACAACAACAAGCGGAGAUCUUCAGCAUCCACAGCGAUGUCCACUCCGAGGUCGAUGCUCUGGACCCCAGCAUCAUGGAUUUCGCCUUGCAAGGAAACCUGUGGGACGAGAUGAAGGACGACAGCUUUAACCUGGAGGCCCUGGGCUCGUUCAGUAACUCCCCCCUGCGUCUCUCUGACUGCGACCUGGAGGGUGUGAGCACGACGCCGGUGUCCAGCGCUGCUGAAAUCCCCUUCUCGGGUGUUUAUACGUCAUACAGCACGGUGGAUGCAUUCUCCAACCAGUACAUCAACACACAAGGCAGCAGCAAACCCAUUAUCCUGCAUUAAACCCGCACACACACACUCGUACCAAACAGCAAAGACCAGCUUUACUCCAAAGGGCCAUCAACAAUGCGGAC